AUGUCUCGUUUAGCAUCAACAAGACGUACUGUCAGCAAACUCCCAUCUGCAGAUUCUUCCAAGUCUGUAGCGAACUCGAAGCCACCUUCGACCCUCGACCAGCUCACGUCGGAGCUAGCUGGCCUGCGGAUAGCUGACAAGAAGGGGAAGCAGCGGCAGGCAUCUGACUCCGAAAUCUCUCCAGAAGCGCGCAAAGUACAGGCCAUGAAGGGUGUUAAUGCAUCAUCCCAGAGUCUGUCGAAGUUCGCUCAGUCGGGAUGGAAGCGAAGCAAGCCUUCCAGGGGCACCUCGCUGUCCGACGUGAAGAAGUGUAUCACGGAGGCAACGAAAGCACUAACAUAUCUGCGUGGAUUGGAUGAAGGGAAUCUGGAUAUCGAGAAGUCGGCGUCGAGCGUAGUGGGCAAACUGAUCUCAAUGGAAAUGUUCGAUGAGUCUUUGUCGAUGCUCUCAGAUAUGCACUCUAGGCUCAACACCCUUGUUGACCCUCGGAUAAUGAAGAUAUCGCCAGAGCCAGGGCAAUCUCAUUUGCUGUCCAUCUCGCUGCCCGAGAGUACGCAUCUCCCAGGCAGCUCUACGCUCACGCUCUUAUCUACCUACUUCUUACACGUCGUAACCGCCCUACUACACCACAGCUCCAACAUCCAAGCACUGAUGUCACAUUUUGCGGGCCCUUCAUCACUGCUUGCAUGGGCACCACAGUUACACGGCGCUGUAGAUGCGAAACAUCUAGACACUAUCAUGACGCGUACCUACACGACGUUGGUGAAAUCUCAACCCGCUAACCUGUCCCCUGGUGUUACGUUUACCCUACGCUGCCAUGGAUUAGCAUGCUUGAUCUAUACAUCACCCCAGACUAUCAGUCCCGACACGUUCUGGGAUCAGGCUGUCAAAUACGCAGGGUCCCUCCUGAAGUCGGCCGGCCAGGACGAGGAUGCGGUGUCGCUGAUAUCCGGCUCCUUUGAAGACCUCAUGUCAAGAGUGGACGUUUGGAAGCAGGGAGCUAGUUUUACAAAGAGCUCGCAGUUUAUAGCUUUCUGCGAAUGUUGGACGGCGGUAGCGAAGCGGGCAGGUAAAGUCGAAGUUAUGGCAAGAGUUGGCGAGAUCAUAUCUCGGGCUAGCGCACACUCGGAUCCCUCCAUCCCAUCGACGCAUGGAGCUCAAGCGUCGGUCCUUUCACCUUCAAAUCAUCGUAUCGCUACAGCUGCUUUAUGCGCUCUCCUUUCGCAAACAGAGGUAACCCUUCAGCAAGGGAAUGGUAUCAGCCCGGGUGCCGUCGUCUUAGUCGAGAAGUUGAUACUGGAACUAUCUAACGCCAGCUACAUAUGGUCGAGUGCCGUUCCAUCAGCAGAGCUCGAGGCAGUGGGAAAGGCCCACCGGGCGUUGGAAAGGGUCCGUCGGACAUCCAUCAAACUAUUCGAGGAUGCGAAGUUGGAUGUCGCCCUUCGGGAUGCAUUGAAAAGACUGCAGUCCUCCAUUGACGUGACACUGGACUCAUACACACAGAUACUGGAUUCGCUGUUUAUUCUAGCCCGUACAACACUCGAUAUCCGUAACGCGCACACGCACGGCGAUGCUUAUGACUAUCUCCAGCGAGCUGCGACGAUCUUGAAUAUUACUGGCCCUCCCUCUUCGUCUACGACCAUCGAUCGACCGAAUCUGUUGCGUUGCAUAUCCGGUGCCUUCCACAAUCUAGCUGGGACACUCUACAAUGCCGAGCGUUAUGGCGCUGCGAUUAGAUUCCUUACUCGCGCCUGCGAGUUGGGUACGCGUGCCCUCGCAUGGCGCAGAGAACAAGUUCCUCAGUCAGGGGAGAAGAAAGAGGUUGACCAGAGUUGGCGGCAGCUUGAGGAGCAGUUGUAUCGCCGCUGGGAACUUCUGGGAGUAUGUCACUGCAAGAUAGGUGAUCAUCUUGCCGGAUACAGAGCCUUCCUUGAGGCCAUCAGAUCGUUCCCAUUCUCCGCGACGAACUUGGGCCCGCUCUCCGACAAGCAGUCUAUCGCGACUAUCUUCGGGACUUCGGGUAGUCUCAGGCAGUUGGCCGUGCUGGUCGAUCGCGCGACAUACAUGGGUACCUGUGAACUCUUCAUUCAACCACCACAAGUCUCGCUCCUCCAUGCAUUCGAUGACGAUGAACACCAGGAUCCUCGUGUCAAGGGUGCUUUGCUAGAACAUCAACUCGCUAGUAUCAGCCCCAACCGGUCUAAGGAAGGAGUGCUGGCGGUAAUGAGACAACUGCUUCGUGACCUGCUCGAUCUGUAUGAUGCGGCCUCGAUGCCGAUACGACGGACGAGGACGCUAGUUCAGUGCUUAGAGGUUGCCUAUUAUGACGUUAGCACUGCUACCCUCGAGCAGUGCGCCUUCGCAUCGUAUGUUGAAGUGGUGGAGAGUGUUCAAGAAAUGCUCGGACGACAGGACGUUGGUAAUGAUCAGGCUUUAGUCCAUUGCAAAGGUGUGCUCCAAGCAUCAGCGCACGCAUGGGCUGCUAUCCACGCCCACCGAGGGGCGGCUCCAAGUCAAAUUUCUCAGGCAACCUUUCAUGCAAAUGAAGCGUGCAGCGCCCUGGCCUCAAUCAUUACAACUGCGAGCAGGAAAUCUUUCGGCUCGGCAAGGAAGUCGUCAUCUGCAGCCAUUCGACGGGUUUCCAGCCCGAAAGUAUUCAAAAAGCUACCAAGUCCAAAAGCCCCUAGGAAGGCGCCGCCUAAGCGGACUGUCCCCAGAAAACCUCUGAAGGUCCUCCCUAAGAUGGGUAGGACGGCAUCAUCCUUGCAGCCCAAUGGCGUACCCCAGACACCGAAGGCACGGAAUACGGAAGCAACUACAGAGGCGCCGAUUGCGCUGGCAGCUGCGACGACCUCACCUCCAAAGCAACGAGCAUCGGAGGAGUUACUCGGAUUGAUUGAUGCUAUGUCCUGUAUGCUGGGCUUCAUUGGGCUCACGUUAACCAAGAUUCGUACUCUGAUCGCGUUGAGGCGCCUCACUGACAGCCAGUCCGGAUACGAUGCACUAAGCGAUGUCUAUGUAUCUGCGUCAACUGAACUUGCGGUGGAGUACGUCAAUCUGGGGAAAAUGAAGAAGGCGGCUACCAUUCACAGACAGGUCCUCAAUGUCAUACAAACCGGCAGUGUAUCGGCAGUGUCCCGCGCGAAAUUCUUCCUUCGAUAUGCCCAAGCACUCGCCCUCUGUGAGAACACGUCGUCAAGUACCGAAGCUUACGCGCAGGCGAUGGAAAGUUCCAACGAAUUUCCUAUGGAGGAGAAGGGCAUGUCAAGCAGCCAACGCAUACAUAUGAGAGUCACCCAGUUGGAGGCUGCCGCUAUGGCUACCCGCACGUUUGCCGUUAUACAGUACUCGAAGGCGGACGUCCCAUUGGCACUGGAUAGCCUUCUGCAAUCAGUUCGCUUAUACAAUCGUGCUCUCGAAUCUAUGGCUCGCCUCAGUCCGUCGCCGGGUCCUUCUACCUCAGGAGAUGCGAAUCCCUUCGAAGAUACAAGUCAACGAACGUCCUCCCCUCAUGAGCAAGCUAUGGAACGAGUCAACCGGCACGAGGUGCCACCGGCAACACCCUCACGUAGGUCGGUGAUGAAGGGCUCGGAGUGGGGGGUGGCAGAUGGACUUUUCAACACUUUCUUCGCAUUAGUCGAUGCAUAUUCAUCCCGCGGCUCGCCUCGCGAAGCUCUAUUCUUCGCCGAGCAAGCACACGAUCUUGCCGACUCGUUGAAUGCCCCCUUGUAUGCUAGCCGAGCACUAGCAAGGAUGGGAGAGAUAUUGAUAUACCAAGGGCGAUACCAAAAAGGCUUCGACAACGUGAGCGAAGCUGGGAAGUUACUAGCUGACAUGCAAUGCGCAGAUGUUGUGGAUAUCGAUCGUCUCCAUGCUGAAUGGUACAGGCGCACCUCUCCAGGCCAGAAUGCUAAGGAGUUGUAUGAGCGUGCCAAAUCUGCGCUAGAAGGUCUGGAUCGAGCAUAUGGCGCAUAUGAUUCUGGACCCCGCAGGUCAUCCCUGUCCAUGGUUGCAAAAGAGCGAAUUGCACCAGUGCUUUUCGCUCGGCUCCUCAGCCAAUAUAUAUGGAUCCUACGCGACGACGAUGCCGUCGAGAAGGAGGCUCUAUUAGAUACUUUCUUGUCCCUACCGCCAUCGCCAUCGGUCAAAGCCGAGCAAGCCGCUCUCGUAGCCAAACUCACUAUGCACAAUGUCUAUGAGCGAUUCGGGAUGGAUAUGUUCCUCAGCUCCAUCACAGAGUCAACAAUCGCCAUUCCCAUGAGCAUGUCACGCCCAGAGGGCGUCACCCCAUCCAUUACCCAUGAUAUCCCAGGUCUUCUGGAGAAAGCGUCACAGAUGUAUUGGUCAGAACUUGAUUUAAUUUCAACGCAGGGCGAGGUUCCCAAAGUCCGUAAUGCAGCUGUUUCUCUGGCUAUGAUUCAAGCCUUGCAAACGUCCUUAGGCAAGAACGGCGCCGCAGCUUCUAAUAUACUGGUUAACCUUCUGGAUGCUACCACCGCCAUAUCCCUUCAUCGAGAGAUGCUUGAUGUGGUUCGGCACAAGUUCGAUCAACUGCGGUCCACCAAUGACCUGCAGUGGCCUUCCACGGAACGUCCAACGGGCGCGAAGGUCGCAGUGCCUCGAUUUAGUCUCGACGAUGCGGACGGCGACUCCGAGGACGAAGCCGUGGAAGACCAGGCGACCAAGGAAUAUUGGGAAGCUUUGCGGAGCCACCAUCAGGACCAAAGUCUAGACUUGACUACUCUUUCGACAUCCCGUUCAACAGAACUUCCGCCCAACUGGACAAUCGUUCACAUUUGCAUCACGGAAAAUCGCAGUACUCUGUUCAUCACACGCCAGAAUUGCGGUCCAGAUCAGCCAAAGCCGUUGGUUUUCUGCGUACCGAUGCAGGGCCGCAGGGAGAACGACGGAGACGAAGAUGAAGAGCACCUAUCAUUCGAUGAUGCGUUGAAUGAACUCUCUCAGAUAAUCACGUUGAGUGAUAAAGGUACCCGUGAUGCGGCACAUAUCAACAGAGAUGAUAUAGUAGGUAGAGAGCAAUGGUGGAAGGAGCGUAAAGAACUAGACACGAGGCUGAAAGAGCUGCUCUCGAACAUCGAGUUCUGCUGGUUGGGUGCAUUCAAGACAAUCUUGAAUCAGAAUCCAAGGCUGGGUUCUGACGAUCUAAAAGCUUUAGGAAUGCAAUUUGAACGGAUUUUCCAGACUGGACUACAUCUACAAGAUAAAACGAAGCCUAGAAGCAAAGGGAAAAAGCAGAAGGCAUCAGCGAAACCGGCCCAUCACUUCACCAUUGACGACGCUCUGCUUGAAUGUUUUUCUACCCUAUCUCCAAAAUGUCGUGACGAGGAACUGGAGGAUCUUGUGUAUUUCAUUCUCGACCUAUACCAGUUCCAUGGUGUCCCUGUAGCGACUGCAGAAGUCGAUGUCACGCAAGUCGUUGUUGAUCUACGAGGGGUGUUUGAAGAUCACGCGCAACGAAUGGCACAGCAGAAAAAGAGCGCACCACGGCAGAAACCGAAGCUGGGCGACGACGAACACAUGUUCCUCAUCCUCGACAAGAACUUGCAAGGAAUUCCUUGGGAGAGCAUUCCUGUUCUGCGUGGACGUAGCGUCAGCCGCAUACCUAGUAUGCAGUUCCUCCUCGACCGGGUCCGCUUCGCCAAUAUGAGGCGUCCUGGGCAUAGCAAGAAGUUCGUAGAUCCCCGCCAGACUUACUACGUCCUCAAUCCAAGUGGCGAUCUUACGAAAACAGAGGACCGAUUCAAGGAUUGGCUUGAUGAGAUGAAGCGCGACGCUGGUUGGGAUGGUGUUGUUGGCCAUCGCCCUAGCGAACAGCAGUUCUUGGAUGCGUUAUCGCGAAACGAACUUUUGAUAUAUUUUGGUCACGGGGGCGGCGAGCAAUACGCACGGUCGCACAAAAUCCGACACUUGAAGAAAUGCGCAGCGACUAUGCUUUGGGGGUGUUCUUCAGGCGCACUGAAAGAUAUGGGGGACUUCGAUCGAGUUGGUACCCCAUACAACUAUAUGCUUGCUGGAUGCCCGACAUUGGUAGCCAAUCUCUGGGAUGUGACUGACCGCGACAUUGACAAGUUCUCUCAGGCUGUGUUUGACAAGUUACGACUCAAUAGCCAGGACGUCAAAAGUUGGAAAUCAGAUGAUGACGAGGGCUGUUCGUUGGUGACGGCUGUUGCAGAGGCGAGGGAGGUAUGUAAGCUGAAGUAUCUCACUGGGGCCGCCGCGGUUGUAUAUGGGGUACCUUUUUACCUGUAA